GUAUUGACAAAUAUCUUUCAAUUAUGAUUACUUAUCUUAGUAUCUGUAUUUACAUAAUCAUUGUGUGAAACCUUGUAUUCUAUAUGCAUAACCAAUACUCACAUUGUAUUUGAUCAUUUGUAUUACUCACAGUGUAUUUUACACGCAUUUAUAUAGAAGAUUAACCAAUACUCACAAUAUAUAUUAUUUACACAUAUAGAUAAACAUUGUUUGAUCAGGCAUGUGACUAACACAUUUAUUAUGGCAAAUUAACCCACAUGAUACAUAAGACGUAUAUUAACACAUAAGACCUAUUAUAUGGCGGACUAACCACGCGCUGCUAACACAGUAACAUAUGACAUAUAGAGCCCAUUGUGGGACGCAUACAGCUUAUGCUUGAAGCAUUUUGCUCAACUGCAUGUUUCUGACUAACGGCCAUCAAUCAUCCGCUAGUACACUCUGUACGAACUGAAUUGAUACAAAGGAGGCUUCGGGACGAACAGUGUGGCCUUUCUCUCUGUGCGCGCAAAGUCCUUCACCUACCAAAGCGGGAGGACGCGCGCACAUAGGGAGGGCGGCACUGUCUAAUUUACUGAAACAAUAUCACACUGUCUGACUGGACCCAGUCAAUUCUUGAAACAAUACCACACUGUCCGGCUGGAUACAGUCAAGGCCAAACACUGAUGGUCCGGUCAGACACGUGAAAUGGAUUACUAACACGUGAAAUUACGCAUGCUAACAUGAGAUGAUUUUAGCAACGCCUCAUCAGCAGGUUUCACGUCAUUUGGGGUAUAAACAUGGAGUCCGAUCAGAGGGGGGUCAGAACUUAUGCGGGGACGGCUGUUAGACGGUCUUUCAUGGGUGGGUUCUCCUGAAUAUUCAGCACUUUGUAAUAAAUGCUUGGUUUGCUUUCAACUUCACUCCACUGUCUGACUCUCUCUAUCAAACGAACACGCAGGGGAGUUGUACCCCGGUCGAGAGGUGGGUGUUGACCCACCUUUAAUAUUCUUUUCUACAACAAUUUGGUGACCCCGACCUCUGAACGAGUCUGACGAAGGACAGCAUCCAGCACUGAUCCACUCACGGCCGAACUUAACGAACCAGGUAAGCAGAGCCGGUUUAAUCAAAUUCUGCAUAUUGGCUAUUUCAAAUUUGAGUGGAGCGGCUGUCGGGCUGCGGUCCGGAGGGAAGCAGGAAGCAUACCAAUGUAUUUACUCGUCUUUUGUACAUAUGUGAGUAGAGACAAAGGGUCUCCUCGGGAGUUGAGACAAAAGGGUCUCCUCUGGUUUUAUAUAUAGGUGAGUUGAGACAAAAGGGUCUCCUCGGGAGUUGAGACAAAAGGGUCUCCUCUGGUUUUAUAUAUAGGUGAGUUGAGACAAAAGGGUCUCCUCGGGAGUUGAGACAAAAGGGUCUCCUCUGGUUUUAUAUAUAGGUGAGUUGAGACAAAAGGGUCUCCUCGGGAGUUGAGACAAGGGGUCUCCUCUGAUUUUAAGGAUUGGGAGCUGGCGUGCCCCCCCGACUUCUGACGAGAUGUUCGGAUAACUGCUAGGUGUAAGCCUACCUCGAGAUUGAUCCGCUCGUGAAUUGGUUCAGAAAAUAACAAAAACAAAUAAAAAACAAAUAAAAUAAAAUAUCAUAAAAAGUCAAUAAAUUAAUAAAUAAAAAUAUAUAAUAAUAAUAAUAACGCUCAGUGACGCGGUGAGUGACGCAACUUCCGGCCUGCGAACCUGCUUGCUGUUUGUUUAGCUCCUCUCUGUUUUAGAUAUUUGUUUACGUUUUCUACUACUUAUUAACUUUUAACCGUCUUAUAACCCUCCUAAACUUAUAAAAUCCCUCAGGUAGCCAUUAUUUUUGUGUUAUUUAUCGAUUUUUGCCGUUUUUUUUGUGUGUUUUGUGCUUACUUCGAGGUAAUGGCGUGUGCGGAGGAUCAUGCUCUCCUGACACUCAGCGAGGAGCUCGUCCGUCUGGAUCAGCAGAUCCACCGCCUGCUCGAGAGGCAGUCGGAGCUCCACAGGCAGAGGACGAGGCUGGAGGAAUCCCGCGCCGCCGCCUUCGCGGCCGUCUCCAACCCGGUGCUGCCGGCGCGGCGGACCCCGGCGGUCGUUUGCUUCACUCCCGCUCCGGGAGGGGCCUGGGAGCGGCAGCGCGGCCGAGGAAAGCGGGUUUCCCCCCUACCUUCUCAGCCGGAUUUUGCCUCCGCAAACCGGUUUGAGGUCCUCAGCUCGUCGCCGUCGCCUCCCCCAGCCCCGAGGAAAACAGAUAAGGGCAGUACCCUCAUUGUCGGAGAUUCCAUUGUUAGGCAUUUAAAGGUGUCUAACGCUAAGUGUAAUGCUGCAGUGUCGUGUUUUCCAGGAGCUCGGGUCCUGGACGUCGCCCGGCGGCUUCCUACGGUGCUUCGGCAUCGCGGGGACCCCGGCACCGUCAUCCUGCAUGUGGGUACCAACGACACGUCCGCCCGGCGCAGCGAGGUCCUGAAGGAGCACUUUCGCACUCUUCUGGACACCGCUCGCAGACUGACCCGCGCCCGCCUCCUCAUCUCUGGUCCGAUGCCCACCUACCGCCGCGGGAGCCAGCCGUUCAGCCGCCUCUACGCUCUCCACUGCUGGCUGCGGGACUGGUGCUCUGCUAGUGGAGUUGGCUACGUGGACAACUGGGAGAGUUUUCGGGAACGUCCAGCCCUCUUCCACCGAGACGGGCUUCACCCCAGCCGCCUGGGAUCCACCGUCCUCUCUGGUAACAUUGAGGCGGUGCUACGCCGGGACUGACUGGCUCUAACCAGUCAUACCGGCCAGGUUAGUGGUCUAAGUAAUGGGCAGUUUAGUAAUAUACAUUGUUCUAAUGAGUUAUCUUGCCACUUUCCUGUGCAUAAGGCUGUGAGUUUUAAUUAGGUGCCUUUUUCAGAUACAAGUGCAUUUUUACCUUGUAGGAUUGAGACUGUGUCUGUCCCCCGUGUCGCUCGAAACCGAAAAACUCAGAAAAUCUGUUUUAAUAAUCUUAUUAAAAUUAAAACAACAGCAUCCGUCUCUCAGAGUACCAGCAGCGUCCGUAUGAAACUAGGGCUAUUAAAUAUAAGAUCGCUAGCACCAAAAUCAGUUAUUGUUAAUGAUAUUAUUACUGAUAAUCACCUUAAUGCACUAUGUCUGUGUGAAACCUGGAUUAAACCUGAUGAAUAUAUCGCUUUAAAUGAAUCUACCCCCCCAGGUUUUAGCUAUUUCAGUUACCCACGCAGCUCUGGUCGUGGCGGUGGUGUUGCCACAAUCUAUGACUCAAUGUUAGGUAUAUCUCAAAACUCACAAUUGGAUGCUAAGUCGUUUGAAGUUCUUAGUCUUAAAGUAGCAGGCCCGUCUCCUGCUUCCAAAACGCAGCAUUCGUUCCUGCUUAUAACACUGUAUCGUCCUCCUGGACCAUACUCAAAUUUUAUUAGUGAAUUUGCUGACUUUCUAGCAGCAGUAAUUCUUCUUUCUGAUAAGAUCAUAAUUGUCGGAGACUUUAAUAUCCACUUUGAAAAGGACCAGGAUCCACUAAAAAUUGCAUUUAAAUCAGUUUUAGAUGCUCUAGGCUUUAAACAAAAUGUAAUUGGCCCCACUCACCGAUGUAGUCAUACAUUAGACUUAGUUUUGACACUGGGUAUUGAGGCUGAGAAUAUAGUUACUCUUUCUCAACAUGACUCAAUAUCCGAUCAUUAUCUAAUUAUGUUUGAAAUAGUUUUUAAUCAAAAUAUCCUCCUCCCGCCCCGCUAUAUCAGCAAGCGUAAAAUAACAACCGCAAUUGCUAAUGAAUUUGUAAAUAAACUCCCCGACUUAACCAUCUCCCUUCCGUCCUAUGAGCAUGAUCUCGAGCACAAAACAGAAUAUCUACAAACUGUGCUCCGCUCUAAACUUGACCGCGUAGCGCCGACAAAAAUAAAACAAAUCAGGGAUAAAAAGCUAGCACCGUGGUAUAAUGACCACACACGUACAUUAAAACAAACCGCUCGUAACUUUGAACGUAAAUGGCGACACACAAAACUAGAAUUUUUCCGGCUAGCAUGGCAGCAUAGUCUCACAGACUACAAAAAAGCCCUAAUUAAAACAAAAUCCCAGUAUAUUUCAUCGCUUAUUGAGAAAAAUAGAGACAACCCUAGAUUCCUUUUCACUACUGUGGCUAAACUCACCGGCAGUCAAAGCUCCGUUAUCCCUGUCGACAUUAAUAGUAAUGAUUUCAUGAAGUUCUUUGAUGAAAAAAUGAAUAGCAUUAGACAAAAAAAUCAGUAUCACUCCCAAAAUUUACUUAUAGAUAUCGAUGAAUGCUGCUCCAGCUCUGAGACACAUCUAGAGUGUUUCAGCCCGGUUACAGAAAAAGAUUUAUUUAGUGUAAUUAACUCAUCAAAAUCAACAUCAUGUAUAUUAGAUCCAGUACCCACACAAUUAUUAAAACAGGCACUGCCAAAGGUGGGAAAAUCAUUACUAGAAAUAGUAAAUUCAUCCCUUAGCAUGGGCUACGUACCUAAUUUUCUUAAAUUGGCGGUCAUUAAGCCCAUUAUCAAAAAGCCAAAUCGGGACCCCCGCGAGCUUGCUAAUUAUAGAACAAUUUCUAAUCUUUCCUUUAUAGCCAAAAUCCUAGAAAAAAUUGUGUUUAACCAGUUGCGCUUGUAUCUACAACGUAAUAGUAUGCAUGAGGUUUUUCAAUUUCAAUCAAAACCAUAGUACUGAAACAGCUUUACUUAGAGUAACUAAUGAUUUACUUUCAGCUCUUGAUAGGGGCAGUAAUGCCAUCCUUGUACUGCUAGAUCUGAGUGCUGCCUUUGACACCAUAGAUCACGCUAUUCUACUUGAUAGGUUAGAAAAUCUUAUAGGAAUUAAAGGAUCAGCCCUCACCUGGUUCAGAUCUUAUCUGAGAGAUCGAUUCCAGUGUGUUUAUUUAAAUAACGAAUGCUCUUAUCAGUCUAGAGUAAAAUAUGGUGUCCCUCAAGGAUCAAUACUAGGUCCAUUACUCUUUACUCUUUAUAUGCUACCACUGGGUAAAAUUAUCCGUAGGCAUGGUAUUAACUUCCACUGCUAUGCUGAUGACACGCAACUUUACAUAUCUGCUAAACCCAACGAGGAGCUCUGUACAAAUCAAAUAACAGACUGUAUUAAAGAGAUUAAAAAUUGGAUGACACACAACUUUCUCUUACUUAAUUCUGACAAAACUGAGGUCCUUCUAUUAGGUCCUAAUAUUGAUAAAAACAUAAAUGUUAAUACUGUAGACAUAGACGGUCACUUAAUUAUACCUGGGAAAACUGUGAGAAACCUUGGGGUCAUCUUUGACCCAAUUCUUUCAUUUGAUGCUCACAUAUGUAGCAUAGUCAAAAUUGCAUUCUUCCAUUUAAGAAAUAUAGCCAAAAUCCGCAGCAUACUCUCUCUGGAAGAUGCUGAGAAGCUGGUACAUGCAUUCAUAACCUCCAGGCUGGACUACUGCAACACGUUGUUGGCUGGAAGUCCACAUAAUUUACUCCAUAAACUCUAGUUCAGAAUGCAGCCGCAAGAGUGCUUACCAGAGCUAGAAAGUUCGAUCACAUUACACCUAUUCUUUCAUCCCUACAUUGGCUACCUGUUAGAUUUCGUAUAGAUUAUAAAAUACUUCUCCUGACGUAUAAAUCCCUCAAUGGUCUGGCCCCGCAUUAUCUACAGGAACUCCUUACUCCUUACAAUCCGCCACGUUCACUCCGCUCCCAAGACGCUGGCCUGUUAUUAGUCCCGCGUAUUAGAAAAAACUAUGCAGGAGGAAGAGCGUUCUUUUAUAAAGCUCCCCAACUUUGGAAUAACCUCCCUAUUGAUAUACGGGACUCAGACACACUCUCAAUCUUUAAGACUAGACUCAAAACAUUUCUAUUUGCUCAAGCUUUUGAGUAAUGUCUCAUUACAAUUUUCUUCCUCUUACAGCUUAUCUAGCAAGUUUAAACCCUGUCCUAAUCAUCUGCUUUCUCUUUCUCUCCCCAUGUCCUGAGCUGCUGCUGCCAAGUGCCCAUCACAUUCCAGCAGAGUUUUAUAAAAACAUUCUAACCCCUUUUUUCUUCCCUCCCCUCUCUGUUCUCUCUCUCUAUCUUUCUUACAUGUGCUGAGAUGCCUGGCUGGCCGGUCGGCCUGGAUGUGUCCGUCUGUGGUUCCAGCUUUCAGGAAUCAGCCCUGUCCUACUACUCAUCAGAAUUAUUACACAAACUUUCUAACUUCUGCUUUUUGUUUCUCGUUCUUUCCUUUCUGUUUUCUCUAUCUAUCUCUUUUACAUGUAUGGAGAUGCCCUGUUCCUGAUGUUCCCAGCCUGGCUCUCCACUGCCCGCUGUGUUGUACUCCAGCUCUGCAACCCUGCACUGAUUAACAUUAACACACUCAGUAUCUGUUUCUAUAUUAGCCAUAGCUCUAUAGUUUGUGCCCAUCACAUUCUUAUAUUCAUAAAUUAGUACCUGUUAUAUUAGCCAUAGUUCACAUUAAUUCACUGUACUGUUUUGUUCUGUUAUUUGUUUGUUGUUUGUUAUUUGUUUGUACUGAGCGGGUCAACCCGAGUAGGAUGGGUUCCUUGGGUUCCUUCCAAGGUUUCUUCCUCUUAAAGGGAGUUUUUCCUUGCCACUGUGUCACCAUAAAAUUGGCAUCUCUGUGGUGCUGCUCAUAAGAGGCGUGGACCUGUUUUUCCUGUAAAGCGGCUUUGUGACAACCUUUGUUGUAAAAAGUGCUACAUAAAUAAAAUUGAAUUGAAUUGAAUUGAAUGUAUAAGACUAAACAACAAUAAGAUAAAAGAUAAGUAAAUAAAAGCAGCAUCCGCAAACAAGAUUUAGAUUAACCCCGGACAUACAGAUAAGUCAUUUGGACUUACUAAAAACAUUGAAAGGCCUGAUAAUACAAGUAGGUUUUUAGAUAAGACUUAAAAACCGUAAUGGUGGGAGAUGCUUUAAAAAAAAACAGGCACACUAUUCCAAAGUUUGGGUGCUGCAACGGAAAAAGCUCUGUCACCUUUUGACUUUAGUUUAGAAAGUGGCGUCUCCAAGAGCAGCUGAUUUGAAGAUCUUAGGACUGUUCGGGUUGAAUAAGAACACAGAAGGUCAGCGAUAUAUGAUGGAGAAAUGACAUUUAAGGCUUUAAAAACACUUAAUAAGACUUUAAAGUCCGUUGUGUAUCAUAAAAAUCCAGCUAUAGUGCAAAUACUGCAAAAGACAGUUUUGUGAUAUUGAUCAUAUCUACAUUGUUAAUUUCUGUAUUGUUUCAAUACCAAAACACACAUAAUUUGUAUGAGAGUUUGAGUGGGUUUUUGUGAUGCUAUAAUGUUUUGGUCUUUCUCUUGCAGCUGCCCGGCCCACAGCACAAAGAGCUUCUGCUGCAGCAGGCCACACAGUGCCUCACACACCUCCUCAGAAUAGCAGCAAACAAGAGAAGGAACUUCAUCCUGGACCAGUGAGCUUCACACUUCCAGAGCAGGGGCAGCUUCUGGAGGAGGUACUGUUUGUGGAACUCUGCCGUGAAGAGGUGCAAAAACUGCUAACAACUUACAAAGAGGAGGCCAAACGUCUCCUACCCGCACCCCCAAAACGCAAGAGGCAUCAAUACAGACACAACAAACUUCACAUGAAGUCACGCAGCAGAGCAUAUGGGUGGAGCCAAAGCUCACAGUCACAGUGGGGACACCAGAAACAAUAUGGUUGGCACCCUUCUUUAUUUGCACAGCCUUAUGGCCGUAACAGUGAUCCACAGCGGUACCGGGAUUACUACCAGCCUUACACUGGACAGUGGAACACCUAUGACCAAACUCAUGGUUACUACAGCAAUCAAGAUUAUUAUUUUGGAAAUCAAAGUUUUUGGUAAACCUUUAAAAAAUGUGACGUGUACAUUUUUUAUUUAUUCUAUUAGUAUCUGUUAAACGUCAAUUUUUAUACUGUUUUUAGAAUUCUUGUUUUUAUAUAGUUUGUACAUAUAUUAUAUAGCUCUGGAAAAAGUAGACCACUUAAAAAUAAUGAUGGAUGAUCACAAGCCAUCCUUUUUUUUUUUACAGGAGUGGCAUAAAGUUAUACAAAAGCAGUGUGUAAGACUAGUGAAGGAGAAUGAGCAAACACACCACAAUUGUUUUUAUUACACUCUAUUUUGUUUUAUUUGAAAUUUGACAAUUCAAUCUUACAAUUUGGAAAGCUAUGCAAUAGUUUGCGGAGAACUGCAUACUAUAUUUGUGUUAUGUUGAUAAAAAAAAUAAAAUGUGCAUUUCAUUUAUGCACAUAUAAACAUAAAUUAAUGUAUCUUAUUA